GUUUGGGUAUAAUUAUACCACAAAGCCUGUAAAUACAGUAAAUCGAAUGUUCAUUUUUGGUCUCAUCAGUGUGUCAAGUAUGGAUUGCGUUGUUGGUGGCUUUCUUUAAAGAAUGCAGUGAUGGUGUCUCACGGAUCGCGAAGACAACGACGUUGGUAUUUCUCUCACGCCUUAGUGGCCCGAGGAGACACUUUCACUUGGUCGCAAUCAUCGAUUUCACUUCGGGUCUUCCCGUCAUGUACGGCGCGCAGAGUGAAGGUCGGCAACAGCUCUUGGCACAAGCCCGUCGCGACUACCUAUUUCAUGGAACUUAUCCCACCUUCACUCUUCGCUCGCGCCUCGCCCACCUUCGAACCCUCCUCUGCUUCUUACCAGUACGUAUCAUACAGCACCAUGCAAGCUCUUGCCAAAGAGCAGUCAAUUCCCAGCCCUGUUAUUCCCCUAGAUAUCAUUUUCUCUUGCCGAAUCUGCAAUAAGUCCUUCUCGGAGAUCUACGAGGACCGCGACGAAACGGUUCUAGGUCUUUCCGAUGGAAUAAACUCGGACGACCGUCUUGUCACUCUGGUAUACCUCACCAGUUGCUGCCAUGUAAUAUGUAGCAGACAUCUUGAAGGGGGUGCACCAAACUUCCAUCCAGCAGGCACUCGACCAAGUGCGCCAUGCCCUGUUUGCUCAACUGAGCAUGAUGACCACCGACCACGGGAACUCUUCUCGGUCCGGGGAUUCCACCAAGGCGAGUAUGAUGAUGCUAUUCCUGAUUGCUUCUUCACCGUUCCACCACUGGAACUGGACAAACCAGGACAUGAUAUGGAGGCAUUGAGGUUUCACUACAUAUCACUCAUUCAAUUCACACAAGACACAUUUGGCUCGCACCUCAAGCUUCGAAACCAACUUACAGAAGCUCGACUUGAUCUCGACAAAGCGCAAACGAUCGCGUCUGGGGAAUGUGCCAAAGCUCUAAGGCUCGAGAAAGAAGUUGAGCGUUUGCAUGGCGUUGAAGCCGAUCUGGAAAAGUUCAAGUCACGUAUGCCUGCGAUUGAGCACUAUUUGAAGUUGAUCCCGAAGCUUGCAGACCAGAAUGACCAAAUGAAACAACGACUCGCUGCACUUGGUUUCCAAAUGCCUCUUGAGCCGCUCACGUUCAAUGGGCGUUUUCCCUUGGAUGAUAAGAGCCAAUGUGUCGAUCUCGUAGCGGACAUGCCUGGUUCCUCGUUACAGCAGACCCCGAAUUCACCACAACCACCACAGCCGAGAAUGUCCAGUAUCGAGCAAGAACAGGCCACCGUUAAUUCCAGUACGAAAAGACCAUUGAAGCGCCUGCGUAUCGACUCACCAUUACCAGACUGGAGCAUGCCUACACCACUCUUUGACCGCCGGGGAGCACAGUCUAGAGAGAUGAUGCCACCACCGACUAAACCGGUUUCUAAGGUGCGAUCAUUGAAGAAGUUUUGGCCGCCAUUCUUGCGAAGCAGCGGGCGUAACAUCUCCUCACCGAUCUUAACCCACACCACUUACAAUCAAUCUCUCGGAAACGCAGUUCCAGAUGACAAUUCUGUUACGACCAAUGCACCAAUCAAUGGGAAUCAUGAAAACCUGCAUCCUUGGGCAUCGCCUCGUUUCAACAGUGAUGAUAAUCACGGGGCGGCCGACCCAGAGUCCUUCCAUCCUGUCAAUGGUACUGAAUCGUCUACCAAACAUUCCUUAUUGCCUACGGAGCCAUCGUAUUUACGUCUCAUGGAUGGCCUUUCCAGAGAUAAUGAUCUUCAUCUCCUACUGAAAGACCCCCGGCAGGACUGCGCUGCAGAUGUUUCACCUCUUCAAGCAAAGCCAAAUCAUCAAAGAGC